AUGGAACUCACGCCCAUCAAGGUCCGGGGCAGAGGACGUCAAAAGAAGGCUUGGAGACCACCAGAACCAAGACGCAUCAUGGAGAAGCGAAAGCGGAAGCGAACCCAAGAUGGUGCCAUACCCAUGCAUGACGUCGACGGAUUGCCUCGAAAGCGCUGCAAGUCUAAGAAGCCCCCGGCUCCCAUCGAGAACCUGCCCGUCGAGCUUCUCGAGCGCAUCAUCCUCUUGUCUCGGAACCUCAAAUUCCUGUUCAGCAGCCUCCGGAUCGGAAAGCGGUUCUCGCAUCCACAGUUCCUGACCGAGCUGGUGGAAGCAGCCUUUGCUCCGACCUGGGACGAGUUGUUUGCACACCCAGAUACCAACGGCAUGGUGCGGAACAUGACUGUGAACGUGCCGGGAGACCCCGAGUUCCAGACUGAUGUUCUUAACUGCCAAUGGGUCAACGCCGACCUUGUCCUCGACGCUCAGCAAAAAUGGGCCAGAAGGACGAACGGUCUGCAGUGGUUCUCCAAGUUACCUGGAGAUCGAGAGCGCGCUCUCAGCCUUAUGGAAGGUGUAAAGGCACGCUACGAGGAGGAGUGGAAGCGCUUCCAAAUCGGUUGCCUGGACUGCCUCAAGCCUCCUGAAGUCGCUAGGGAACCUGACGUCUGGCGGGCGAUGCUCCGGAUGGUUGACAAGCGUUUCGAUGUCCAUCCCCGGAUCAGGAUUCCGCGUCGUCUCCUGACCGACCCCUGCGGUUGGGACUCGAUGAGAUUGUUGUUCUGGCUUGUCCGUGGGGGAGCUCGCCUGCAGCCCGAGCAUUCCGGCGACUGGGAGUUGACGGAGAAGGGGUUCGACACUGUCAUGGCAAUGGCCAAUCCGCACCUCGGCGUCGUCUACUUGCAACUCUUGUACGACUUGCGCGCCUUCUGCCACUGGCCACCCGGCCAUCUCGAAGAGAAGUUGGAGAUCGCACAAGAGUUGGAGCAAAGGGAAACCGACGGGGACAAGAAGCUCAUGUGGAGUGCUGGCCAGUCCGUCUUGAAAUCCUUCGACGCAACCGCCAUGGAUGGAUUAGACCAAAUCCACAUUACUAGCAUACCAUAG